AUGAAAUCUUCUUCUUUUCCAGUCUCUAAAAAAGAAUCAUUAGAUGAGGAUUUAAAUUACUUUUAUCAGAAUGAUUCAAGUAGUGAAGAAGAAGAAUAUAAUAAAUUUAUAAAUGUUCAAAAAGAUUUGCUUUCAAAAGAACUUAUAAGUGGACAAUUAAAUAAAGAAGACAUUUGUUUGAGUGAUAAAUUAAUAGAUUUGGAGAAAAUGAAACCAACUAUUGAGGAUGGUUUCAAUACCAAGAUUCCUAUUGGUUCUGGUAAUAAGAUUCAACAAUCUGAUAGCGAUGAAUUGUUAAAUACAAGUAAAAGUUCAAAAUUUAGUAAACAAAAUCGAUCUAGUCAUUUAAGUGAUAAUUUAAAAAAUAAAAAAUUUUGGUGGAGAAUAAUUCGCCCCUGGAAGUGGAAAAAAUCAAAAAAAAAUAAAGUCCAGAAAAAUAGUCCCUCAAGUUUCCGUUCUUCAAAUACAGGAGAUAGACCAUUAUUGACAGUUAAUCAACAGUCACAACUUCUUGCACAGGUCGUUUCUUCUACAUCAAAUAAUGAUUUCAAUAUGAUUAUUCGUGAUCCUCAGAAACCGUUAACCUCUGAAUUAUUUUUAAAAACAUCUCAUCAAUUGAAAAAUAAUGAUAAAGGAUCAACAAUUUAUAAAGAAUCAAGUAAUCCACAAUUAAAUGAUUCACAAAAUUUAGUUCAUGAAAGCUCAUCAACCAUGAUAAAAGAUCAAUUUCCAAAAAGUGCAUCAACAAGUCAACUUCAAUAUCAAAAUGUAAAAGAAUCAAAAAUACAAUCUCCGUUAAAAAUAACAACGACUGCUUGCUAUACAAAUUCACAAUAUGAGACUGAAUUUCCGGUAAAUUCAAAUUCAAUAUCUAUUGAUAAUUUUGCUUCCAUUCCAUUGGCUCAAACGGAAACAUCUUUAAAUAAUUCUAUAAAAAGUAAUAUAAGUGAAGAGAAACAGGUUGAUAAUAGCAAUUAUACAGACACAUCUUUUUCUAACUAUACACAAACACAUUCUUCACAAUCUAAUUCACUUCAGUUAUCAGAAAAUAAAGAAAAUUUAAAUACUGAAACAUUUUCUGAAAGUGUAUGGCAACCUGUUUUAUCAACAACAAAUCCUGUACUUUCAACAGCAAGAACACUAGCUGAAUCAUCUACAGUAACUGAUAGUGAUGACAUUUCAAUUCAAGCUUCAGAGCCUAAUUUACAUGCAAAACCAAAAAAACCUGCUCUUAAGAAACCUGGUCAACCAAGUAGAAAAGUUAUACCAAAACGAACUUCUUCACGUAGGAAAGAAAGUCAACGACGGGCACAACGAGCAGCAAUUGUCCAACGAAGAAAAACAUUAGAAAGUAAAAAUACAAAAUUUUGUACUGAUGAAAAUGAUCUCCCAACAAGAUUAACUGACGACAGUGAUAGUGAUCCAGAUAUUCAAUAUCGUGAUGAUCUUCAUGAAAUAUCACCAAAACUUCAAGAUAGAAAUAGGAUUAAUGGUACUUCAACAAAAUCAACAAAUCCAUUGAUUGCAUCUAAGAUAGUUCCAGUAAAGUCAAUUAGACGUUCUGCAGAUGGUAAUAAUGAAAGUGAUGAAGAUGUUUCUUUAACAAACGGGUUGGCAAUGAAAAUUCAACGAAAGGAUACAUUGGCACGACAAUUAGAUACAUCUAAAGUUUCAGAUGAUAUUCCUAAUCAAACAUCUUCAGAGAGGAGAAGACUUAUGCAUAAGGUUUCACUAAAGUUAGAAAGAAAACUGUCAGAACGACCAUUAGCCCAAGAACUUGAACAAAGAAAUAUUCUUAAAGUUCAAGGUGCUGAUUCUUUAGCCAAAAAAAAUAUGGACGAAACAAGAAAAAUGCUUUUACGAAAACUAUCUUUUCGUCCUACUGUUGAAGAAUUAAAAUACAAACAAAUAAUAAAAUUCAAUGAUUAUGUUGAAGUUAUGGAAGCUGAAAUGUAUAAUCGUAAAGGAGAUAAACCAUGGACUAGGCUAACUCAAUCUGAAAAAGCACUAAUAAGAAAAGAAUUAAAUGACUACAAGUUAACGGAGAUGGCUGUUCAUGAAGAUAGUCGUGUAUAUACAAGAUUCCAUCGUCCCUAA